AUGAGCUACUUGGGCCCAUUUCGUGCAUUCGGUCAAGAUCCGUUACGAGAACUCUUGUGUAUCUGCUUAGCUGUGCCUCUCGGAUUGAGCACGCAUUUUUUUGCUCGCGCUCGGCUCGUGCCUCAGCCUGGCUGUCCGUGUUCCUUCUUGUCCACCUCGUUGCGUGUCACUGGAACAGAUCUAGAGGCUCAACGGACUAUUCCAGCUGGUCCGGUUCACUUGGAUUGGUUUGAUACAGUCCAGCAGACCUGUCUUGAUGAAGCCGUCUUCAAUGUGGCAGUUCACGUCGUACCUUACUUUUGUGAAUGGACCCAGCCAUCUCAAGAAGCCUCAAAGCCACCCGGAGGAAACAUGGCAAGGUCUCUACUCAUACCAGUCAUGAAAUGCUUCGUCCAGGGUCUACUCUGGUUCAGCUCCCAUUUGAUCCUUCUCAACGUCUUUCCUCGCUCGCGCCUCCUUAAUCUUUCAGAAGAUGAUUCAUUUUGGUUCAGAACUAUCAUCACGUGCGCGACGUCUGUCACCUUUCGUUUCGCUUACUACGGCUUUUGGACACUUGCCGAAGCAGGUAUUCUGUCGUGUGGUAUCAACGCACCGAGAAGCAUAGACCCUUUAGCUAUUGAAUUCGCACUUGAGGUAGAUCAGUUUUGGCAUAACUGGAACAGAACUACACAACAAUGGCUUAGCAGAUGCAUUUACAGAAGAUUGCCUUCUCGUUGCCAGGGACUGACUGGAGUGUACAUAACGUUUCUAAUUUGUGGAGUCUGGCAUGAUCUGAGGAGCAGAUAUUUAAUCUGGGGUCCUACAGCAGGGACGAUCACCUGCCUGAGCCUAUACUUUCGUCGUCGACACAGCGGAGCGCUAAGAAAGUACAUCAUCAACGCCGAUGGUCGUUCAAGCCUAAAGUUUAUCCUGGUUACAAUGCGUUGGGUUUUAGCACAAUCGACGUUCGCUUUCGUAACUGCUCCUUAUCUGACUUCAAACCUGGCUGAGUGUUUCCAGGUUUGGUCCAAUGCCAAUUUUCUUGGAUUGCUGGGCACCAUACUGCUUGCUGCCUACUAG